UUUCGUUAUCCCUUUUGUAUUUUAGAUGCCUCGUCAAUUAAACCAAUACCCAUUUGUUGUAGGCAUAGGUAAGCUGGAGUGUUUAUUCCUUAAGUUUGCAUUGUAUUAAAAGCAUUCAGACUUUGGAUCUACAGCGUUUAGCUUUUCAAUAGCCUAUGAAGAUGAUCCGACCGUCUACACCAUUGAUAAUUGGUACAAUCACUUGUUUUAUUGUCGCAUAAAAGGUUAUCUUAAUGAUUAUAAUAAUCACAGGUCAAAAAAUCACCGGCAGCUUCCUGCUUCGCUCCUAUACAAGAAGAACAAAACAGUACUUUGUGGCGUCUCUCCCAACGAUAUAGAGAAAGGCGAUAUCUAUAUUCCAAACAUGGUCAAGUAUUUAUUGGAUCUAAAUUUGGCAAACAAAGAGCUGGAACAAUAUGACCUGACCAUUGCAAUGGUUGUUACAGACUAUUUGAGAGGUUUUCAUGAGUUGGCUAUGACGAAGCUCAAGGAGACUGAAAGAUUUAAAGGCGUUAAGCAAGAAAUGAUGAGUUACUGCAUGAUAUGUCCGAGUGCUUUACAAGCGUUUAUAAACAAAUGCUUUAUCAAGGCAGAAUUGAUUAAGGAAAAUGAGCCACGAUUACAUUUUACGACAAAAAUAAACGGGAGUGACAUAGACGCGGUUCAUUUUGCACAACAUAUUAUUAAACCGACUCGGAGGAACUCUACGGAUAUUUUGUUUCGAAAAAAAAAGGAUGCUGCUAAACCAUUUGCUUUGAUACUGGGUAUUGGUAAGUUGGAAAAUAGAUUAACUCGAUUUUGCUUCUUACGCAUUAUUAUAGAUUUUGGUACUACGCUCUCUGGUUGUUCCUAUUCUCGUCUAGACAAUCCCAAGUUGAUAAAGACUAUAAAGUCAGGAUGGUACGUGUUUCACUGUCUUAUGAUCUAGCAUCAUUUGACAUGAGUCUUUUAGGCCUGGAGACAAAUCGGGUAUCAAAGCACCCACUGUUCUUAUGUACGACGAUAUGGGCAACAAAGUGAAAUUCUGGGGCCAAGAGGCGAAGUCAAGAGCUCGUGUUCGUAAAGAAAACAA